CAGGCGGCAGUAAUGCGCCAUUUUGUUAAUUCCCCACCGCCAAAUACAAGUCGCGAAGAAGAUGUAAAAGGUGACUCCUCUGUCAGAUACACGAUCUUUGUGCGCGACGUCACGGCCGUAUCCCCGAACCAACAUGGCGAACAUUCGAUGUGUCAAGGGUAUGGUCGGCCUGGUGACAGGCGGUGCGUCUGGCCUGGGCCGGGCCACUGUGGAGCGCCUGGUGCAGAACGGAGCGGCUGCUGUGAUCCUGGACCUUCCCUCCUCUGAUGGAGCCGCUCUGGCAGCCAGCCUCGGCGACCGAUGUGCCUUCGCUCCUGCAGAUGUGACAUCAGAGGCAGAUGUGCAGUCGGCAGUGUCGCUGGCCAGAGAGAAGUUUGGGAAGCUGGACCUGGCUGUUAACUGUGCCGGCAUCGCUGUCGCCGUUAAAACCUACAAUGCAAAGAAGGACAUCCCUCACAGCCUGGAGGACUUCCAGCGUGUCAUCAAUGUGAACAUCGCAGGAACCUUUAAUGUGAUUCGUCUCGCUGUGGGUGCGAUGGGGAAGAACGAGCCCGACGCAGACGGACACAGAGGCUGCAUCAUUAACACAGCCAGCGUGGCAGCGUUCGAUGGACAGGUCGGCCAAGCAGCGUAUUCAGCUUCCAAAGGUGGCAUCGUUGGAAUGACCCUCCCCAUAGCACGAGAUCUGGCGCCCAUGGGCAUCAGAGUCAUCACAAUAGCUCCCGGUCUGUUUUCCACUCCCCUCCUGGCUGGUCUUCCAGAGAAGGUGCGCUCUUUCCUCGCCCGCCAGGUGCCCUUCCCCUCACGCCUGGGAGACCCCGCUGAGUUUGCCCACAUGGUGACAUCACUGGCCGAGAACCCCAUGGUUAACGGCGAGGUCAUCAGGCUGGACGGAGCCAUCCGCAUGCAGCCCUGAGACCGAUGACGUGCACGUUUCUUUGUGUGUGUGUGUGUGUGUGUCCACGUUAACAAAAGGCAUUGAUCAUCCAGUUAAGAGAACACUUUUAUCCAUGUCUGAUUGUGUGCCUGGUGUACAUAUGAUGUAGAAAGCUGCAUACAGUAAACACACACUGUACUGGAACCAUUUAAUGUGAGAAUAUGCAUCAUUCAGAGCAUUGCAGUACUUUGAACUCCACUUUGGUUGUUUUGUAAACUAAUUCAGAUAAUAAUAAACCUCUUAUGUUUGAUUAUCUGCUUCA